UGACAGCGGUAAGGAUAGCGUUAAUUUCCGAAACUGCGGGUCGGCGAUGACAGGAAGUGACGUCAUUUCGCACAUGCGCGGAACCGAUCGUGUUGCUGUACGGAUAGAGUAGCGACAGUGUCCUUCCGGAUGGAUACAUUGUGGUUAAGAGGACGGUGCAUGUCGUAGGUCGAAGGUCGCUCUGGACGAUAAAGGUGAGUUCAGUGGGAAUUAUAAACGGUGUGAAAUCAGUAGACGGUAUGUCCGGGCGCGCGAGAGGAAAAUCACGUGGCAGAGAGUCUGGGGCCCCAGGCGAGCAACCACCUCUGCCUCAGAAGGAAGCUCAAGCCGCGUGGCCACCACCGCCUGAGAGAGAGCUCCAAGGGAGGGGAAGACAGAAAUCUGCCCCCGUGGUGGCGGCAGAAGGAGAAAAGCUGUAUCACUGCUUGGAGUGUGGGAAGAGUUUUACGUGGCAGAGGAGUCUCCAAAUACACCAGCGCAUUCAUACAGGAGUGAGACCGUAUCACUGCUCGGAGUGUGGGAAGAGUUUCACGCAGAAGAGUAAUCUCCAAACACACCAGCACAUUCAUACAGGAGUCAGGCCGUAUCAGUGCUCAGAGUGUGGGAAGAGUUAUAUUAAACAAAGUGAUCUCCAAAGACACCAGCGCAAUCAUACAGGAGUGAGGCCGUAUCACUGCUCAGAGUGUGGGAAGAGUUUUACGCGGCAGAGUAGUCUCCAAACACACCAGCUCAUUCAUACAGGAGUGAGACCGUAUCACUGCUCGGAGUGUGGGAAGAGUUUUAUGCGGCAGAGUAGUCUCCAAACACACCAGCACAUUCAUACAGGAGUGAGGCCGUAUCACUGCUCAGAGUGUGGGAAGAGUUUUAUUACAGAAAGUAGUCUCCAAACACACCAGCGCAUUCAUACAGGAGUGAGACCAUAUCACUGCUCGGAGUGUGGGGAGAGUUUUAUGACAAAAAGUAAUCUCCAAAUACACCAGCGCAUUCAUACAGGAGUGAGGCCAUAUCACUGCUCAGAGUGUGGGAAGAGUUUUAUUAAACAAAGUGAUCUCCAAAGACACCAGCGCAUUCAUACAGGAGUGAGACCAUAUCAAUGCUCGGAGUGUGGGGAGAGUUUUAUGUGGCAGACUAGUCUCCAAACACACCAGCACAUUCAUACAGGAGUGAGACCGUAUCACUGCUCGGAGUGUGGGAAGAGUUUUACGCGGCUGAGUAAUCUCCAAAAACACCAGCGCAUUCAUACAGGAGUGAGACCGUAUCACUGCUCCGAGUGUGGGAAGAGUUUUAUUACACAAAGUGAACUCCAAACACACCAGCGCAUUCAUACAGGAGUGAGACCGUAUCACUGCUCCGAGUGUGGGAAGAGUUAUAUUACACAACGUGAUCUCCAAAGACACCAGCGCAUUCAUACAGGAGUGAGACCGUAUCACUGCUCGGAGUGUGGGAAGAGUUUUAUUACACAACGUGAUCUCCAAACACACCAGCGCAUUCAUACAGGAGUGAAGCCGUAUCACUGCUCGGAGUGUGGGAAGAGUUUUAUUACACAAAGUGAACUCCGAACACACCAGCGCAUUCAUACAGGAGUGAGGCCGUAUCACUGCUCGGAGUGUGGGAAGAGUUUUACACGGCAGAGUAGUCUCCAAAUACACCAGCGCAUUCAUACAGGAGUGAGACCGUAUCACUGCUCCGAGUGUGGGAAGAGUUUCAUUACACAAAGUACACUCCAAAUACACCAGCGCAUUCAUACAGGAGUGAGACCGUAUCACUGCUCGGAGUGUGGGAAGAGUUAUAUUACACAACGUGAUCUCCAAAGACACCAGCGCAUUCAUACAGGAGUGAGACCGUAUCACUGCUCAGAGUGUGGGAAGAGUUUUAUUACAAAAAGUAAUCUCCAAAUACACCAGCGCAUUCAUACAGGAGUGAGGCCAUAUCACUGCUCGGAGUGUGGGAAGAGUUUUAAGCAGCAGAGUAAUCUCCAAACACACCAGCUCAUUCAUACAGGAGUGAGGCCAUAUCACUGCUCGGAGUGUGGGAAGAGUUUUACACAGCAGAGUAGUCUCCAAACACACCAGCGCAUUCAUACAGGAGUGAGACCGUAUCACUGCUCGGAGUGUGGGAAGAGUUUUACAUGGCAGAGUGGUCUCCAAAGACAUCAGAGCAUUCAUACAGGAGUGAGGCCGUAUCACUGCUCAGAGUGUGGGAAGAGUUUCAUUACACAAAGUAAACUCCAAACACACCAGCGCAUUCAUACAGCACAUACAAAAGAUUGUCCUUUUCCUGUCUGGAAUAUUUUAUUUAUAAAUACAAUAUUUUAAAAAAAGGUGUUGCUAAUAAAUGUAUUACCUUCUUUUCAGAUAAAUAAAUUAAAAAAAUUGCAGUCUGUGGCAUGUUUUUUUUUUAUUUUAUUUUUUUACAUGUGAUCGCCCCCUAUUUUCAUGAUUUUCACCUAGAUGACAUACCCACCUAAAAAGGGGCACAGCUCCCACAUUGACACACAGAGGUGAGCCUGGUCUCUGGAAAGAAGACAAUCUCUCAUAGAAAAAGUUUGAAGUCAAAAGACUCAAAAAUGGAUUUUAUAUGAAUUUUUUUCUACAGACAUGUCUGUCGGUUGUUGUUUUUCUUGUUUACUGUAUAACUUUGUAUAAAAAGGCUGCAUGCUCAGUUUAACCUGUAACCAGACACCCUGAGGCGAAGUUUGAGAAUUGCGCAAUAAAACCUUUGCGCAUGCUCUACUGCGCACCCCUCA